UUUGUUUUGUUUACGAUUAUAAAACAUCAAACUUAAUUUAUAUUUAUAGGCGUGGCCUAAAGACAUUCUUAAUCCAAAACACAGUGAAAUUUUUACUUUGCGAGUUUUACGUGCAAGUGUACGGUAUAGGAUCAUUUCAUUUCCCUUUAUUUGUAGUAGUUGCAACCACUAAAAUGGUCCUACGUACUAUAAGAGGCAAUGUGAAUAAAUACAAUCCUGUUAUCUGCGACAAGAAUCUCGCCAGUUCCAGAGCCUAUCCCCAAAGGAAACUUCUUCUUAUAUGGUUACUACUCAUAUUGACAUUGGUUAUAUUAAGUGCAGUUAUUUUAUAUUUUCCUCUACUUAGUGCUGAUACAUUAACCUUAUUUACUUUGCGUAAAUCUGUGACGCGUGCGUCAAUUUAUUCUAAGGCUCAAGAACAAAACAAUGGAUACUACAAAUUGUUGGAUAUACAGCAACAACAAAUGGGCAAAAAUAAAGAUGAUGAGAAAGUUGUCUCAUGUUACUAUGACACUCCUAACAAUCAAGACAAUAAUCAACUAAUGCCCUCUGAUAUUCAUGCACACUUAUGCACACACAUCAAUGUUGCAUUUGCACGUGUUGUCAACAAAUCAAUAUCAUUGGAUGAGCAACAGUACAAAGUACUUUCACAGGUAGUCAAAUUAAAAAAUAAAAAUCCUAAGUUGAAAGUAAUGCUAUCUGUAGGUGGAGCUGGCAAUGAUAAUGGAUUCUCAGAGAUGGUAGUUGAUCAUGCUUCAAGAAAGAUAUUUAUUAAAUCAAUCAAAUACAUAUUAAGAAAUUAUUCACUUGACGGUAUUGACUUGGACUGGGAGUUUCCAGCUGUUCACAAUUCUCAGUAUAAAUUAGAGAAACGGGAGAGGCAACAUUUCUCACAACUGCUACAUGAGAUCCGAAGUGAGUAUAUUAGGGAGAAACGAGAUUAUUUGUUGACAGUGGCUGUUGCAGCUCCAGAAACACUAGUAGAUGUAUGCUAUGAUGUAGACCAGCUGAAUAUGUACACAGAUUUUGUGAACAUUAUGACUUAUGACUUUCAUUAUUUCACUAAGUUUACACCCUUCACUGGAUUGAAUUCGCCGCUAUAUGCAAGACCAACUGAACAAAUGUAUAUGGCAACCCUCAACAUCAAUUAUACUGUUAACAUGUACAUAAAUAAAGGACUUGAUCGUGAAAAAAUUGUAGUUGGUAUUCCAACAUAUGGACAUUCUUUUACUUUAGUAAAUGCAGACAACACCAGAGUGGGAAGUCCUGCCUCUUCCUAUGGGACUUUAGGGGGCCUUGGAUUUGUUAACUAUCCUGAUAUCUGUACAUACAUAAACAAACAUAAUACUGUGAAAAUUAAACAAGAUGAGAAUGCAAAGGUACCAUAUUUGUAUAAUGGCAAGGAAUGGGUAUCAUAUGAUACCCCUAAAAGUGUUAUGGAAAAAGCCAAAUAUAUCAAAGACAAUCAGUUGCGUGGAGCCAUGAUUUACUCAUUGAAUGCUGAUGAUUAUGGUGGAGUGUGUGGUAGCGAAGGUGAUAGUUUGAAAUUCCCAUUGUCCCAAUCAGUUAAGAAUGUUCUGCUCGAGUAUGAUUAAUAUUUGUUACAGCCAGUAAAAAUGAAUGAAAGUUAUGCAUUCCAUUCUCAAUUUUAGUGCACUUUAUUUACAGGACUUGUAUAAGCAUUUAUAUUUUACACAUUAAUUACCUGUUUUUUUCUGGUGACAUAAGUGAUUUUGUACAUGGUACAAGACUUCAUGAUACGCCAAAACGAAAAUGUGCACUAUUAUGCUAUUUGGUGUGUAGUAUUAUGACGGAGGCGCGCGGGCGCGAGUGGCCGAGCUACGCGGCGGCCGUGGUGCACCCACGCGCUCGCCGCCACCGUCGCCAGCCGAGCACUGCGCGGUGUUCACCCGCUUAGAACCGCACGCGCAUUCAUUAAUAUUGUCUUAUUAACUUUUACAGUUGGAAAAAAAUUUAAGAAUGCUACUAGGUACAUAGUAUACGGUUUCAUUUACAGCAAGGGUUUCCAGUCGAACGACUGCGCGUUGCUCGGCUGGCCCGAGUAUAGCAUAAAUAAUCCUCUUUAAUCGCCGACGUAUUGCAAAAAUAACAGAGGUAUAACAUCGUGCACUAUUUCUAGUCUUUAUAAAAGGUCGUUGACGCAACUCUCGGGGAACACAAAUCGUAACAUGCAAAAAGCCUUCUAACACGCUAAUAUGUCUAUUAAAUAUUGACGACAUUCUAUAUAAUUCAUAUUGCGAUUAUGUACUUUAUGUCGUAAUAGGUAAGGUUAGUUUUUCUUAUACGGGAGCGUCAUUCGUCAUUAUAAUGGCUAGUAUUUUGAGUACGUCAACCGUGCCGAGCGCCGAAUGAUACGUAGCGUGUGGUCACUAUACACGAGAAUCUAAUGACAAAUUUGCAUUGUGUAGGAGUAGGUUGCACAGCGGAUCGGCGCAUGAGCACCUAAAUAACAUCUAUCCUCACAUCAGACUUCCACUACAAGAUUCAGAGUCUCGAGUCUUUAUCGUAUCAUUAUAGAUUAUAGUCACGUAUUAUCUGAGAGAGAAAUACUAAUACAAGUUAUGAAAGUAGCUGAAAAUUUUGCGCAAGGAUAAAGGUUUUUGUACUGGGUUUUUUCUACCGGCACCGCAAUGGAUCUGUCGUGAAGAUAGAUGUAAUAUCAAUGCUAGCAUUCACUCUGCACACGUGUUUGUACUCACAACUAACAAUAUAAUUAUUGUUUGUCACAUUUUCGCGAGCAAACGGUGAAAUCUAAUUUAAUUGUGUAUAUAUAAUUAAAAAUAUGAGUACGUAACAUAUAAAUAAAAAUAAAGGCAAAUCUACCAAUGAUUAAUGGCUGUGUUGUAUAGGCAUUCAUUAAAUUUUAUUUUUUAUGGAUAUUAAUUCGUGAUAUUAAUAUGUAAUUAAUUAGUUUUAAUUGUUGUGCAUAAGAGAAAUACCGUCUCGGUCCUCAGCAGUGGGAGCUCAUAAGGGACACCAUGACCAUCAUUGUUCGUAAUUAAAAAUUACAAUGGUGACAGUUGACAAAUACCUCUAACUAUACCAUUAGGAAUUAUAAUCGUGAUCAUAUAUAAUUUUUAUUCCACUAUUGCGUAUAUUCGUCCGAUUGUGAUGAACGUGAAAUUAAUUAUAUCGUCAUAGUCGUAGAAUACUGACGGAUCUUUAUAUGUAAUCUUUGUCAGAUCCGUCAGUAUUCUACGACUAUGACGAUAUGAACGAAUGGUGACUGGUUCUUAAUACUUUACUUAAUACUUUUUAUUUAAAUUGUAUAAUAUUUUUUAAUAAUAAUAAUAUAUAUUAUAAAUCAAAAUAUAGAAAAUUUUGUCAAAUUCUCAAAUUGCAUCGCCUACAACAGAGUCAAAUUGUACCUGUUUAUACAUAUAUAAAACUAGACAAAGUAGUUCGUUCAUCACAACGAUAACCGUCUACUAAAUCCGCCCCUGACUGUUCCGUUUAUGAUUGUAAACAUGUCUCACAUAUGCUGCAGAUUGUCACGAUAUCAUGGCACACCGCUCCAAAAUCUGAAGAGUAAAAAAUAUGUGAUAAAAAAUAUUUACAAGAUUCCGAUCAAAGAAUAUUACGACGUUUCAUCAAAAAGAUCACCACGUCUCUAUAUGGUCACCCAGACUAAAGUAAAAAGUUAAAGGGGCGUGCCAGGUUAACGUAGACGAUCUUUACACAUAGCUAAAAUAACCUACAGUGAGUGUAGAAAGUAUUCGUACACCUAGGGUUGUAAUAAAAAAAUACGAAUUUGAUAGACUUUCUUUUAUUUAUCUAAUUUAAAUCAAUACUAUUAAAUAUUUUAACAUUCCCGCACUUUGUUUAUGAUAAUUUUUGUUUUUUAAUAAAAAAAAUUAUACAAAAUAAAAAUAUUUUUACGUUAACUAAGCAAAUAAUGACAAACAAAAAGUAUUCGUACACUUAUAAAAUUUGUAAGUAAAUGAAUAUUAAAAAAAUAUUAAUACUUUGUUGGACCACCGUUAGCAUUGAUGAUAGCUUGGAGUCUCUGCGGCAUCGAAUCAACUAGUUUGAAAAUAUAAGAAGACGGUAUCAAUGCCCAUUCUUCGCGAAGCGCAAUUUUUAGUGUUUCUUUACUCGAAAUUGGUCGAUUUCGAAUUUUAUUAUCGAGAUAAUCCCACACAUGCUCUAUAAUAUUAAUAUCAGGUGAUUGAGGAGGAAUCUCUAGGUAUUUUGGAGCGUUAAACAGGAUCCAUGCUUUAGUAUUCCAUGCUUUAUGUUUAGGGUCAUUAUCUUGUAAAAAUAUCCAAUUAUUGUUAAAACCCAUUUGAGCUGCACUAGAGAGAAGAUUCUCUUUUAAAAUAUUAAUAUACGUUUUGUGAUCCCUAAUUCCAUCAAUAAAUGCAAGUUUUCCCACCCCAAAAUCACUCAUGCAACCCCAUACAAAUACUGACCCACCACCGUGUUUUACCGUUGGACAUAAAUUUUCUUUCUUAUAUUCCAUAUUAGGUUCUCUCCAUACCAUAUGAUGUCCAUCCGAUUUGAAAAUAUUAUAUUUCGAUUCAUCUGAGUAAAUAACAGUUUGCCAAAAAUGUUUUUUUUUCAUUAAUAUAUUUUUUUGCGAAUUCUAAUCUUUUUUUCUAUUAAUAUCAUUUACCCAAUACUUUUUACGCGCAGUUCUUCCAUGAUAAUCGUUACUACGUAAUACGUUCCGAACGGUACUGACAGAAAUAUGGCAAUCAUUGAUAUUAUUAAUUUCUUGUAACACUCGAGCGGCACUAAUUUUUGGAUUUUUUUUUACACAAUUUAAAAUUUUCCGAUCCAAUCGAGGCGUGAUUAUUGAUGGACGCCCCACCUCUGGGUUUGUUUUUUAGUGUUUUAGUAAUAGAAAAUCGAUCAAUUACAGUCUGUACGGUUGAACGUGGUCUAUUGACAAAUUUUGCAAUUUCAUAUAAUGAUUUGUAUUGAUUAUGCAAAUUAAUAAUUAUUUUUCUCUCCUCUUCACUCGUUUCUUUUGCUUUACGACCCAUUUUUGUAAUUAAACACGUCUAUACUUGUCACGAGUGCAACUAAAACGUCUAAUAUCUAUACCUAUGUAUUAAAAAUGACCUUGGCAUUGUAGGCAUAUGAAAAAUUCGAUUGAAUAAAUGAUUUAUACAGAAUUUCAUUUAAAAAAGAAUGAAUGUACGAAUACUUUUUGUUUGUCAUUAUUUGCUUAGUUAACGUAAAAAUAUUUUUAUGUUGUAUAAUUUUUAAAAAAAAAAACAAUAAUUAUCAUAAACAAAGUGCGGGAAUGUUAAACUAUUUAACAGUAUUGAUUUAAAUUAAAUAAAUAGAGGAAAGUCUAUCAAAUUCGUAUUUUUUUUAUUAUAACCCUAGGUGUACGAAUACUUUUUACACUCACUGUAUGUAUUUAUUUUGGCAAAAAACUGCGACAUAACAUUCGGUGGGUCAGUGGAGCCAAUAAAUGUAGUAGGCGUUUAUUCGAAUUAGUAAUAUAGUUGCAAUCUCUGUCGUGAUACUCCGUUUGAUACACUCAUUUGCAUUAAAAUUUGAGCUCGAAUCAAGAUCCGGAACAGCUAUACCUACUAGCUUUAUGUAAAUAUGUAGGUAUGUAAUUUAAAACUCUUGGUUUAAAUUAAGUCCAUAUGAAUACAGUAUUUUAUUAUAAGUAAUUAUAAAUUUUUAAUUUUGUUUUCAUAUUAAUAACACCCAUAAUAAAUACCCUAGAAGGAAUGUAAAAUAUAUCCAACUUAGUGAAGGUGAUGAGCUUUAUUGAAUAAUUAUGAUUUAUAUUGAGAAUUUUGAAUUAUUGUACGUAGUACUACACAUUCUAAUAAUACUUAAUCUGUUUUUAUUUCAUAAUAAAAUUAUUUUAAUAAAAGUCUGUCUCGGUUUAUUUUAUUAUUAAAAUUAUAAGAUCACUGCAAGAAAUCGGAACUCCAGAAAGAGGAAAAAAAAAGAACUGAAAGAAGAGUCCAAUUUUGAAUGUCCACACAAUAUCCAAUUUGGAAAAGUUCGCCGUCUAAAUUACACGACAAUCGAACGUGGGACAUUAUGGAAAGAAACGUACCUAUUACAGCAUCACCGAUGUCACACAGGUCGUAGUUACCAAUAAUGUAGGAUAUACAAGAACUUAAAAGAAAUGGUAAUAAAAAACCGGUUAAAAAUAUUCAGGAAGCUCUUUAAUAUGGCACUACCUUACAGUACCUAACUAAGCGUUAAUUUAUACACUACAUUCGUUGAAGGCAUCGCUGGCACAAGCAGAAGUGCAUUAUGAAGACUUAACAUUUAAUAUUUAAAUAUAAAAUUAACAAAAACUUGAUUUUGUUGGAGAACUCGAUUUAUUUCUUUCCCCAAUACUUUAUUAUAAUUUACUUACCUAUAAGAUUGUAUAUAAAGUAAAAGGCAAAGACAACUACAUUCUUUUCAGUAUUGAAUCUGGCAUGUUGUUCCCAUUUUAAGGAUGAUACAUGGUAGUUAAAUAUAAGUCAAGAUUUUAAUGUUCUGUUAGUAACGCGUGAAUUGAGAAGUACUGUAACAAAGAGGUCAUACACACUGUUGCGGUGAUUGCGCUAUUACAAGGGUUUGGUUUUAUAUAAAAAAAAAAAAAUAGGUAUCAUGUGCGCAGACCACAAUGUCCUGUAUUCGAACUUUUUUUUAUUUUUCCGGUUUCCAAAUGCACUUCUUCUUGCUAACACUAUAAUGUCUUGAACUUUAAAAUUAAUACAUAUAUAACGAGCUGCCAGAUCUAUUGCUAUUAUUAAAACAAAUAUGUAUAUUAUAGCCCUAAGAUGUUUCGAAUCUUCAAAUAAUGUUCCGGAGAAAAAAAUACAAAAAAAAAAAACUUACAACUGCGGCAGGUGCUUAAUCGUUAAUA